AUGCAUGCGACUCUAGACGAUCUGCCGCAUGAGAUCUUACUCCUCAUAAUCGCAUACACACUCUCCUUUGGAUCCGUCCCAAGCAACAUCCUGUGUGUCAACCACCAGUUUCACAACGCUGGCGUGGAAUGGCUUUAUAGGAACUUGUACUUUCGCUCUCCAGAGCAACUAAGGCUUUUUGCGCAGAUGGGGGAGAACGCGAAGGUGGCGCUGCGCUCGGUGACGGUCGACCUAACAGGCAAGUUUACGAGAUCAGACGUCUGGCAGCAUCUUCGUGAGGCGUUGUGCAGGUGUCGCGAUCGUACUGAGAAACUGGGGCAAGGGCAGAAGCAGAUCCCAUUGGAGGUUCUUUGUCUGAGACUCCAUUCAUACUCACGGGAUACAAGCCACCAUGUGUUCGAAGAGGCACUGUCUGUUGCCAAUCCCCGCGUAUUUCGGUGGACCGGACCUGACCCUGAUCACCACUUUUCCACCGCAAUCGUCGCGCCCAUAGCAAGCCGCCUGUGUAGAAUAUUCGGCACCUGGUCAAACAUUCAGGAUAUCACAGUCACUAACAUCACUUUCUCCGUUGAUUCGGACAAUUCAGUGAUGCCAUUACUCCCAGAGAUUCCCAGUCUUCGCACUCUGUACGUAGGUCAGGCAACGUUCCUGAGUGCAGGGUCUGUGGCGGCGGUCUUUUGUGUCAAUAGAAUGGCGAGCCUGGAGAGGGUGAGGCUUGUGGAUACCUACUGUGAGAGUAUUUGGGGCUCUAGAAUUCGAAGGUCGGAUAUCGAGAAAGCAGUCCAAAUCAUUAUGUUUCCCCAGGAUGUGGUACAGUACGAAGGUGCACUUUCACGGAUUCGGAAGAUACUUACAUGCGAGAAGAAGACGGAGCGUAUCAUUGGAGGGGACCGAGUAGAGGGUAGUGUCUUUCUGGUUUGAGUUGUAGAGAUGGAAAUAGAAAUAUACAGAGACAGAAGGAGAUGGCGGUAGCACAUUACAGUACACAUUGCCAGGGGGGGAUAUUAUAUCUCGACUUCUCGAAUACCGUCUUUGUCAACUACUUUGACCUUGUAUUUGCCUGGAUUAACCACCAGACGCUUCGCCACCUCAUCGAUGCAACGUUUCAGAUUAGCAAGACCCUCUUCCAGGGAUGCUUCUGGAUCAUGGUAACUAAAUAAAAGUGGUCAGCACACCGUUUUAUCAAGUAAUAAGAAAGAAGGAACUGAGGAACCGAGAUAAAGCAUCACAAUCACAAUAAGGACCAACAAC